GCAGAAUAUGAGAGAAUGCGAAAAAAAUGCGUCGUCAUCGCCAAUUUCAAAAGUGCAUACUGUGCAGGAAUUUAUGUUAGUUUAUACAGUUGUUCGUAUACUUGCAUAAUAAUAUGAAAGGGGAAUUAUUAAGAUGGGGGAUUUGUUCCGCUGGAAAAAUCAGUAAUGAUUUUGUUCUCUCACUGCAAAAUUUACCAUCUACUGAGCAUCAGGUUCAUGCAGUAGCAGCACGAGAUAUUGACAGAGCGGAGAAGUUUGCUGAACUGUUUUCGAUUCCUAAUUGUUACUCAUCUUAUGAAGAAUUAGCUUCUGACAAAAAUAUUGAUGUUGUGUAUGUUGGUGCCAUACACACUCAGCAUUACAGGGUGACGAAAAUGAUGCUUGAAGCUGGCAAGCAUGUUUUAUGUGAGAAGCCAAUGUGUGUGACUGGUGGCGAAGCAAAGAGUCUUAUUUCCUUUGCUCGAGAAAAGAAGCUUUUCUUGAUGGAGGCAAUUUGGAGUCGUUACUUUCCUGCCUACCGUCAUGUUCGUAAACUUCUCGAUGACAAAGUGAUUGGUGAAGCUAAACAUGUUCAGGCAAGUUUUGGUGAGUCUUCUGAUAAACUUGUGCCACGAGUUGCGGAAAAGGAAUUGGCUGGAGGUGCUUUGUUGGACAGAGGUGUAUAUGCUGUACAGUUCGCACAAUUUGUUUUCAAUGAGACACCAGUUGAACAAAUGUCAAUGGGGUCCCUUUUACCAGAAUCAGGUGUGGACACUAAGGUUCAUAUCAUGUUGAAAUACUCCAACAACAAGACAGCUGUUGCUAGCACCUCUAUAGUGGAGAAUCUGCCCAAUGAUGCUGUGAUUAGUGGCAGUAAGGGAUCAAUACGUGUGUGUUUUCCACUUUGGUGCCCGAGCAGAAUUGAGGUUUCCGUGAAAUAUCAAGAAACCCAAGUGUUUGAAUUUGAAUUGCCACCAAUACCAACUUUAGAAGGGAGUAAAUUCAACUUCCGGAACAGCCAAGGUUUAAAAUAUGAAGCUGAAGAAGUUAGAAGGUGCAUAAUGGAAGGCCUAACUGAGUCACCUGCUCUAACCCUGGAUGCCACUCAAGACAUUGUAGAUAUAAUGGACAAGGCUAGGAAAGCAAUUGGUUAUGACUUGCCGCAAGAUAAAGAAUGGUGUUAAUAAUAUGUGCAUUACCCAUUGUCUGUAUUGCAUUGCUGUAUAAUUGUAUCUUUAAUUUAACUGUUUGGGUGACACUUUUGAUCUUAUAUUCGCAUUCAUUGUGUAUGUAAUAUAAUUUAAUUUAAAAUUACUGAGAGUUAAUUUAUUAUGAUUAAUAACCAAGUCAUUUCAACCAGGUAAAUACUAUAUGGUAACUCAGAAGCAGCAUGAGGUGUAUGAAACAGAACACAACCAUUGUUGCUUUAACACGCGAGGAUAAUAAGUUACAUUCAAUUCAGAUUUUACCACUUUUUUUUCUGAAACAAAGUAAUUACUAAUUCUUCAUGCGAUGAAGCAUAACAGUAAAGUAAUAAAAUUAGGAUUACGUUAUA